AUGUCGACGAGCAAGCCCAGUCCCGACGCAGGGCUGCUCACAGAGGCUAAGAGAAUCGCCCAACAGUUCGACCUGAAACCAGAUGAUAUCGCGAGAGCAACAGAUCACUGCCUCCGCCAACUACAAAACGGUCUUGAGCAACCCGGCGCUACGCAGAUCCCUUCUUUCGUGACCAGAGUGCCAAAUGGAUCCGAAAAGGGCAUUUUCCUCGCCGUCGAUCUCGGCGGCACACAUUGCCGAGUCUGCUCGGUCAAUUUGCACGGGGACUCGACAUAUAGGCUGAUCCAGGUGAAGCAUGUAAUCCCUCGCCCCCUCAAGGUCAACCCAAGCCACAAGCCCCUUUUCGCCUUCGUCGCGGACAAGAUUGCCGACUUCCUCCACCAAAACCCAGAGGCAGAUGUGGAAAGCGUUGAGGGCAAGACGGUGCAGAGAGAUGACUUCCGCCGGCUCGGCUUCACCUUCAGCUUCACCUACGAGAGCCACUCGCUCUCCAGCGGCACAAUGUUGCAGUGGGACAAGGGUUGGGAUAUUGCCGACGCUCUGGGUAAAGACCCUUGCGAGAUGCUUCAAACGGCAAUCGACGACCUCGAAUUGCCCGUGCUUGUGUCAGCCAUGACGAGCGACAGUGUCGGGACGUUGAUGGCUAGAGCCUACACAUCGCCCUGGAGCUCCACGACGCUUGUUGGCGCUGUCUUCGGUACCGGGACCAAUGCUGCGUACGUGGAGCGUCUGGAGAGCGUCCGCAAGUUGCACUCCCACGAUGGCUUUCGCAAUCGCCGUCCGGGAGACUUGAUGGUCAUGAACACCGAGUGGGGUGCCUGGAUUGACGACGACCACACCGUCGUGCCGAUGACGCCAUACGAUGUGCAGUUGGACCAAGCAUCUGCAAACCCAAACAGGCAGAUUCUGGAGAAAUUGACAUCGGGCAUGUAUCUUGGCGAACUUGCACGCCUCGCAGCGCUUGAUUUAUACAAGGCGAAAUUAUUCGAUAUGGCCGUCGAUGAUGACUCCUCGUUAUACAUGGAAGAAGACGUGGACAGUUCGUUCUUAUCUUUGAUAGCCGAAGACGAAAACGGAUCCCUCGAAGAGGCGAGGCGGCACAUUUCCGAUAUCUUGGGUGCACAAAACGUGUCGGUCAAUGACGCGCUCGCACUGCGACACAUCUCCACAGCCAUCGUCCGACGUGCUGCUCACCUGGCCGGUUCCGCGACUGCUGCGAUUGUUCUCCAGUCAGGGCGUCUCGAAGCCAUGGAUGCAGCGGGAAAGGGCACAGAGAGUAUUUGCCGUGAGCAAGAGGUCACGGGAACACCAAGCUUUUGGUCUAGGACACCUUCCACUAUCUGGACAUUCGUUCGCAGGGCUUUGAAGUACGUCUUUUGCUGCUUUGGGGCCAAUGAUGCAGAUUCAGAAUGUUCGUCGGGCAAAAACCCGCAAUGGAUAGAUGGAUGCGACAGCAUCGACAUUGGCAUUGAGGGGUCUCUUUUCGAGUUCCAUCCUACAUUCGAAAAGGAGAUGCGGCGGGCCUUCCAGCAUAUACCGGGGAUCGGACUGAACGGGGAGAAACGGAUCAAAAUUGGGCUCGCAAAGGACGGCUCAAGUCUAGGUGCUGCGCUCGUCGCGCAAUCGGUACAAUAG